AUGGGUGGUACCCUCUUGUUGGAAAAAAAGUUUGCGCAGAGAGAAGAAUGGACCAUUCUCUUUGACACACUGGCUAUAAGGUUGAUGGCUGCUAGUAAUACUUUGGUAGCAAUGCUUUGUUAUAUAUGUGUGGGAAAUAUUGAUAAAACUGUGGAAAUUUGGUCAAGGAGCUUUGCAACCGAGCACGAAAGCAAGUCUUAUGUUGACCUUCUUCAGGAUUUGAUGGAGAAGACUAUUGUUCUUGCUUUGGCAACCGGUCAGAAAAGAUUCAAUGCAUCUUUAUGCAAACUUAUUGAGAAAUAUACUGAAAUUUUAGCCAGUAAAGGGUCUUUUACAACUACAAUGGAGUAUUUGAAACUUUUGGGGUAUGAUGAAUUGUCACCUGAACUUGUGAUCUUAAGGGAUCGAAUUUUUCUCUUUAUAAAACCUGAAACUAGUACUGUAGCUUUUGACAAUUCUCAAUCACAAAGCUCUCAGAUAUAUUAUCAGGUUUAUGGAGACAACAUCAUUACAGUUGCCAGUGUUCCUGGUAGUCCAUAUGAGGAUAACUAUCAGCAACCUCUUAGUUCAACCUAUGCAGGUGGCUCUCAGUCAACCAUGAGAACAACCUUUGUUCCUUCAACUCCCCGGGUGGAGAAAGCUGAUCAGUAUCAGCAGCGAACUUUGGGUUCUCAGUUAUAUCUUGGAACUACCAAACCUACAUAUCCUGUACCACCUGCACCUAGUUCCCUAGGACCUGUUCCUUCUCAAAUCGGCCAAGUUCCUGGUCCUAAAAUGCCACAGGUUGUUGCUCCCACUCCCACACCUCUUGGGUUUAUGCCAAUGGCUAGUGCGGGGGUUGUUCCAAAACCUGGAUUGGGUCUAAUGCCAUCAAUGCAACCAACUAGUCAAACUCAGCCAGCAUUUCUGCAACAAAAUAUUGUGCCUGCAGCUCCACCUCCGACAGUGCAGACUGCUGACCCUUCAUAUGUUCUGGUCCACCAAAAGCAUGUCAUUGCAACAUUGACAAGACUUUUCAAUGAAACAUCGAAAGCACUCGGAGGCUCUCAUGCAAAUCUAACAAAAAAGCGUGAAAUAAAAGACAAUUUAAGGAAAAUAGGUGCCUUAUUUGCCAAACUCAAUAGUGGAGACAUUUCUAAAAAUGCAGCUGAUAAGCUUGUCAAGCUUUGCCAAGCUCUGGACAAUAAUGAUUUCAGUACUGGCCUACAAAUACAGAUUUAA